AUGCGGGGGGUACAAAUCUUUUCUGGGACAUCCCAUCCCGUCCUUGCUGAGACCAUCUGCGAGCGUCUAGGCACACUCCCCGCUCGGGCACUUCUCGGAAAAUUUGCGAACGGGGAGACGAGGGUUGACAUCGGGGUUUCGGUGCGGAAUCAAGAUGUCUACAUUCUCCAAAGCGGCAGCCAGAAGAUUAAUGACAGUGUCAUGGAGCUCUUGAUUAUGAUCUCUGCGUGCAAGGGUGGCUCCGCGAAGUCUAUCACAGGCCAAUGGACGAGGUACUUUCCUUACUCCCGCCAAUCGAAGAAGAAGAGCCAUCGCGGAGCUAUCACGGCUCGGAUGCUGGCCAACCUGCUUUCGGUCGCUGGGGUAGAUCACGUUAUUACCUUGGAUCUCCAUGCAUCUCAAAUGCAAGGAUUCUUUGGCAAGCCGGUGGAUAACCUCUUCGCUGAGCCUUUCAUCGCUCGUUGGAUUCGGAUGAACGUCCCUGGUUGGAAGGAAGCUGUUGUUGUCAGCAAGAACGCGGGAGGCACCAAGCGUGUGACAUCGCUUGCGGAUACCCUGAAGCUCAACUUCGGCAUCGUCACAACUGAUAGACGUCGUCCCAAGACGGCCAUGGCCAUGACGGAUAGCACUGUGUUCUUUGACUCCAUUGACGAUGAUACCACUGGUAUUCCCAAGGAACCAAAGCCCUUUGUCCUGCACCUUCGCAGUGGGAAUGACAAUUCCCAGGACGACGAUGUGUUCACUGAACCGAGCCAUCCAGAUCCGCAACUGCGUCCAGAGACACCACCUGCCGCUCGUCGCCCGUCGGAGCUCGAGGCAGUCCAUGAAUAUACCGAUGUGCGAGUGCGUGAGGUGGUCACUGGACGGCUUGUCCAAGGCCACAUUGUGGACGAUGAUUUCCCAUCAGCCGGUCCCACAUCCUUCCCCGCCUCUGGCAUUACCACGCCUGGUCAACCCUCCAGCCAGGCUGCCUCCGAGGCAGUUCCGGAUGCGAUGGUGAACUCUUUUAUCUCGACCACAUCCUCAGUACCGGGCGAUCACGCUCUUGGUGGGUCGUUUGAUGCCGCCGAGUCCUCCGAUGAGGAAGAAAGUAAUGGACGAAGUGCUGAGCAAGAGAAGACGAUCACAUUGGUUGGAGAUGUUCGAGGUCGAACGGUCUUCCUUGUCGACGACAUGAUUGACAAGAGCGGUUCCUGGGUCGCUGCUGCAGAGACGGUAGUCAAACGAGGCGGAGCCAAGAAAGUUUACUGCAUUGCUACUCACGGACUUUUCGGGGGCGAAUGCCUCGAACAGAUGGAAGCGUGCGCGGCGAUCGACUACAUUGUCGUCACCAACACCUUCCCUAUCACUCCACAUAUGAUGAAGUCCAAGAAGCUAAUCACCAUUGAUAUCUCGAGUCUCCUGGCGGAGAGCAUCCGUCGCCACCAUUAUGGUGAAAGUGUUUCGGCGCUCUUCCAACUCAAUGACUAA